GGUCUAUCAGAAUAUCAUCCAUCAGUGCAAAAGAGCAAGUAUGUCACACUGUUUCCAACAGCGAUGAUGCUGCAGCUGAUCUUUGUUCUCUCCACUCUGAUCUCAGUCACAGUGUCCAGUGAUGUUCAGAUUGGUUGGCAGUUCUGUUCAACUGGACAUACAGGAUCCCAAACCAGAGUUUCAUGACUUAUUCUGGGUGAUUAACAGAGAAAAUAAUGUUGUACAAUAUGAUAACAAAAGAAAAAAUAUGAUGUACUAUUCUGAUUAUGGAGGCAGAGUGGAGUUCAAUGAGGAAACCUACAGCCUGACACUGAAGAACUUACAGAAGACUGAUAGUGGACUGUAUGAAGUAAGAGCGUCUGGUGAUGAGGUCAGAGUUGUUGCUGAGUACAGACUCUCUGUGUUGGAUCCAGAGGAGGCGCCAGUCCUGACUCACCAGCUAAGCAGAGACACCUGUAACAUCACUCUCACCUGUAGAGGCCAUGACCUCUCUAUCAACUCCAGCUGUUACAAGGAAACCUGUGAGGAGAAGGAAGUGACAUCACCUGGAGGUGUCAUCCUUUCCCUGUCUGUCAGUGGCAGCACCAUCAUCUGUAACCAUAGCAACCCAGUCAGCUGGAAGACGGAUGUUUUGGAGAUGAAAGAACUGGAACGACUCUGUGCUGAUGAAGGUGAAGGUGAGGAUAAAGUCAACUAG